CAUUGAUGAAGUAUCCAUGGUCUCAAAGUAUCUGUUUGCCUACGUAGACAUGCGAUUGAAACAAAUUAAGGGAAAUCAAAGACCUUUUGGUGGAAUGUCAGUUCUCGCCGUCGGAGAUUUUUAUCAACUUCCCCCGGUCAGACAGUCAAAACCGCUGUGCGUGUACGAUCCCACUCGAAUCGACCUCUGGCGUGACCAAUUUCAGAUAAUCACAUUGACGGAGAUCAUGCGCCAGAAAGACGAUGUCGCUUUUGCCGAGACGCUAAACCGCAUCCGCGUCAAAGAGAAAGAUGAUGUAUUGUCAGGACAGGACAAAGCUUUGCUCUCACAGGCUGUCACGGUUCCAGCACUCUGUCCAAAAGACAUACUGCAUAUUUUUGCCACAAACAAACAGGUUGAUGCCCAUAAUUCAACAACGCUAGCGCUGUUUCACUCGGACAUCAUGAAGAUAGAUGCCCACGACUAUAAGAAAGAUCCCAAAACUGGAAGAAUGGCAAAACAAGCUACACCUUUUCACGGGAACAACCGAGAGCUCGCUGACUCAUUGAAACUUGCCAUUGGUGCACGCGUCAUGCUUACCAGAAACGUCAAUGUUCAGUCUGGUCUGUGCAACGGAACUUUUGCGUGUAUUGCGGAAAUAGUGAUCAGUGACGACGGUCCACAUGUCAGUAAACUCGGUCUAGAACUGGAUGUGUCGAGAAAUCCCAACAAUGUAAGUGCAGCUGACAAUAUUGUGUACAUUGAGAGAGACGAAGAGAAUCUGAAGCAAAGGGGAGUGGUUCGCAGACAGUUUCCUCUAAAACUUGCGUUUGCGUGUACAAUACACAAGGUUCAAGGUAUGACCAAAUCCUCAGCAGCAGUAUCGCUAAAACACAUCUUUGAACCCGGCAUGGCCUAUGUGGCUCUCAGCAGAGUAACUUCCCUCAGUGGACUACAUAUUCUCGAUUUGGAUGAGAAAAAAAUAUAUGCCAAUCCAGAAGUUCUCACAGGUCUUGCGAGCAUGACAGAAGCUUCACUUCAGCACAUUAUGCCUCUAUUUCAUAUCUCGGUGACAUUAAACCGACAGGACGUUCUCACCGUCAUCCAUCAUAACACCGAAGGACUACCGGCUCACGUCGCUGACAUCAAAAGUCAUCAUGAACUUUGUCUCGCAGACGUCCUCUGUCUAACAGAAACUCACCUGCAAGGAUCUUUUGUUUCCGAAAAUAUCCACUUGGAAGGUUACACGUUGUUUCACCGUAAUAGGAAUGUCUCUUACACAAACUGCCCUCACAUUUCAAACAAAAAUGGUGGCGGAGUUGCUAUUUAUGUGAGAAACCACAUCCGAGUCAGUGAAAAACGCUACAUACAGAACGCUACAGAUAUCGAGUUUACCGUCAUUAAACUAGAAGCCCCGUUCAUUGCACUGAUUGCUGCCGUCUACAGGCCUCCGAGCUACAGUGUGCACUUAUUUCUAAAAAAUUUGCAAAGCCUUUUAGAUUCACUCGAAGUCAUGGAUCAUCACCCAAUCAUAGUGUGCGGAGACUUCAAUGAAAAUCUGUUGUCCGGUGCAAACAAGCCGAUUUAUGAACUGUUUCGUGCUAAAGGUUACGCGCAACUUAUCACCGCUGCUACCACGGAUAAAAAUACACUGUUGGACAGCAUUUACAUCUCCCGACCGCAGCGAUGUCUCCAUUCUGGUGUCCUACAAUCGUAUUACAGCUACCACAAUCCUGUUUACUGUACACUAACAUCAGAAAAUGUAUAAAUAUCAAUUAAGUGUCAAACAACAAAGCAUUGUGAAAUGCAUUGAUCGUUGCAAAUUGAGUUCAUGAGAUAAAACAGAUUAAAGUUAAAGUUAACAGUUAUUCAUUUUUUCUCAAAAUAUCACUCAAACAAAAAUAUCACUCAAACCAAAUAUCACUUGAAAAAUACUGAAAUUAGUUAAUGGGUGGGAUUGUCCUGUCAGCCAAGCUGCAACAUCUGCCUGGCUGAGGGAGGGAGGGAUGGAGGGACAAUCUCAUCUAAAAAAGCAAAUUGAUUUCAUGCGAUAAAACAGAUUAAAGUUAGAUUAAAGUCAUUCAUUUUUUCUCGAAAUAAGGAAAUUGAUUUCAUGCGAUAAAACAGAUUAAAGUUAGACUAAAGUCAUUCAUUUUUUCUCGUAAUAUUACUCAAACAAAAAUAUCACUCAAACCAAACAUACGAAAAAUACUGAAAUGAGUUAUUGGGUGGGAUUGUCCUGUCAGCCAAGCUGCAACAUCUGCUUGGCUGAGGGAGGGAGGGAUGGAGGGACAAUCUCACCUAAAACAGUCCAAAAAAAAUUCAAACAAAUGUAAAAAUGGUUUAAAAUAAAUAUUAUAUUGUUCUGGGUGGCAAAGUUAAAAUGAUCCACACAUAGCAAACUAAAGGAAGUUGAGCUUUUAAUAUGAUCCCUUUUAAUAUCAGCCUUGAUAUCACAUAAAAUAGAAUUUUACACGUCCCAGAUUCUUACAGGGCUUCAGGAAACGCAGGUAAGUACCUUGUAACUCGUGGAAUUGUAAGGAUUUGUUAUCGCUCCUGCAGCACUGCUACUUCACUGUACUUAAAACAUUAUUUUGUCUUUGAGUUUGUCGUUAUGAGUGGCUCCCAGCUGUCCGGAGGUAGGCCCUGGAGCUCAAAAAUAUCACCAGUGGACCAGGCACCCCCCCCCACAAACCGUGUGCUUCGCAAAAAGCCGGACAGACAACAAGCCUGACAGACAGAGAGGCUAUGGGAGGGGUUGAAGAUGGACCUGGAAUGGAUGGGCCUAGUGACACUGGCGAGGCCGAGUGCAGAAGCGACAUUCAAUCAUUUUGAGAUGGACCCGAGCAUUUUGGUCUGCAUGGAGAGUUCAACUGAAGUGAAUCAGUAGCAGCUCUACUCUGCGACUCAUAUCUCAGUCUACUUUGAAAGAGUCUACUUCUUCUGCAAAUGGAGAGUUCAACACAACAAAGACACGACUGUUGCUGUCAGUCAUCCAGCUGGAGACAGGACUCACUUCCAAAGCAAAGAAAGGAUUUUCUGCAGAACUCCCGAUGCAAACCCCAAAGACAGCUAACCCCUUCUUCAGGACCAAGAACAGGUUAACUCCAGGCAGUCACUGCCCUUUGUCACCUGGCUACUCACUGGCGAGUCACUCAUGAACCAGAGACUCCCAAAACCCUCCCACUAACCACAUACACACACACACACACACACGUGUCGCAUGCUCAGCCGUCCUGGUAGGGGAUCUCUCUUUGACUUGGCCUACCUAAAGGUUUCUCCUUUUUCCCCUAAUAAGGGUUUUAAAGAGUUUUUCCUUUAAUGCUUGGAGAGUCUAAGGCUGAUGAUGCAAGACACACAAAUGUGUGAUAGUCUGAUGGGACCCAAAGUUGAGCUUUGUUUUCAUGUUAGUUUUAUGCUUUGAUAUUUUCAUGUAAUAAAAUGUAAAUGAAGUGA